ACAAUGGGUGAUGCAGUCGAAGCAUCUGUACAAUUCAGAAAUAAAUCUGACGUGAACGAUGAUACAGUUGACACUGAAACUGAUGCACUCUCUAAACUCCACAACUGGGAGGACGACAUCGUGGGAGGAUACCUUGUAAUUAUUUUUAUACUUGCACUAACUUUGAAUGCGCUGGUGAUAUAUACGUGUCUUCACAACUGGAAAUCUCUCAUCAUGUCAGAUUACUACAUCUUAAAUCUAGCCUUCAGUGAUGUUAUACUUCCCAUAAGUGCCUUUCCACUGCCGAUAUCAUCUUCAUUUAAUCAUCAUUGGUUGUAUGGAAAAACAGGAUGCGUUGCUUACGGCUUCCUUGGCUUUUUCUUUGGACUUGUCAGUAUUACAACAUUAACUCUUAUGGGGCUCACACGUUACAUCAGCAUAUGCCAUCCUCACAUCAAUAUAUCCAGCAAAAGGUUCAUCAAAAAUACGAUCUUGUUCACAUAUGCAUACUCCAUCACAUGGUCAUCUUUACCUCUAACUGGCUGGGGAUCGUACUCACUCGAAUCGUAUGGCACGUCAUGCACGUUACAGUGGGAUGAGAACAGAGUAUUCAUCACGUUGAUGUCCAUAUUCUGUAUCAGUAUGCCUUCAGUAAUUAUGGUCAUUUCAUACACAUUGAUAUUUCAUAGAAGCCGGAGUAGUCAUCGAACUGUACGAGGUAGUAAUACAAACACAACGAAAAUGUCAAGGAAAGAAUCAUACCUGAUCAAGAUAACGUUUGCAAUGUGUUGGGGCUUUAUGAUUUCAUGGCUGCCGUAUGCGGUUGUUUCCAUGUGGACGGCCUAUGGCGACAUAACAAUGCUACCUAUACGACUGACUGUUGGUGCCGUCCUCCUGGCAAAGACAUCCACUGUAGUGAACCCAGUUAUCUAUUUCUUAUUAAGUAAUAAAUUUCGUCCAUUACUCAUUCGUUCUUUGAAUUGUAGAGGAAUACAUUUGAUUUUUUAUAAACAACGAAAGAAAUGUGACAUGAACAAAGCAACUAUACCGUUGAUGCCUGUCGAAUGUACGCCAAGACACGAGUCGAACCCAAUUCAUUCUUCUGACACAGCAAGUAACUCUGAAUCGAUAGCACCUAAACUGUUGGAGAAUUUUACAACUGUUGAUUUGUGA